AUGACAACCAUUCGACUACGAGAAUUUGUAGAGCAUCGCCCAUCGAUUCCACCUAGGCUAUAUGUCACUCACCAAGGAAGGGACCUCAAAGGCUAUUACCCUGGACAACUGGCAAGACUCCAUUUUGAUUACAGUGUGAGGAAGGCUCCGAGACCCCUCAUAGACUUGGCAAUUCCACUCAAGAGCAAAAUACCGUAUCAGCCUCAAUUAGAUCAGCAAACGCUCAUUCGAUACAUUUAUUUUAGAAGAUUGUCAAGGCCUACAGACUUGUGGCAUAAUGAAACAUCUUACCAAAGAGAUUACUCCUUGCCAUUCUAUGAGACUGGUUGGGAUCGGAAAUUAGGCACGGUUUUAUCGAAUCCUAGACCAGUUAACUCAGUGCCAGAAGCCUAUUGUUGUGGAGACCGGGGAAUCGGCUUUGUGAGAAGCGCUUUUUAA